AUGACAAUCAUGUAUAAAUUGGACAAGAUUAUAACUGAUUUCGAGAAAUUAUUCUCUACAGCCGAGACGAAAGAAUUUAUCGACAAACUUCGAGAGGAACAGGAAGAACGUAGAUUUAAUUCAGCUUUCCAGAUCAAUGUCACAUCUUCCUGCACAGUUAAAGCUUUGAAGGGCUACAACGCGAAUCAAACACUUAUUGACGAAUUAAAAGUAAAUGACGAACAUAAGAUGCGAAUUUCCAAGAAUGAAAGAAAACGGCCUGCAGAGGAAAUUUCUCAUACCAUAACUUCUCCUCCAAAUCUCCGCCCAUCAGUUGAGGAAAAGGAAACCGAUGCUCAAUUUCUUUUUUCGGAUCAGAUUGUAAAAGGGCACCCAGAAGAUACAAAUUCUCUGGAUCAAGCCAUUAGAAACGAAGAUACUUCAUACGAACGUCGUCGACGCUGUUCUACUCCGGAAGAUAAGACCAAAAGCGUCAAUUUGGAUGAGGUCCCAUCUGCAACGACGACAACUUCGUUGGAUUCCUCAUCCGAAUAUAUUCCUUCUGAUGAAUCAGAGGAGGAUGAUGAACUUGAGUUUAUUACAAUGGGACAUAAAACAGCAAGAUUGAAAUCAAACAAAUCAAAUGAAUUACCAUCCUCUCCUUCUCUUCAAUUUCCUAGGCAGUCUCCAAUUGACAAUCAAUUACGAAGAAACGACUUCAUCACAGGCGAAAUCGAGGUAUUAAUGUUUAUUCUAUUUUAUUAUAAUUUCUGGAGGUAUAAAGAUUUAUCUAUCAUGCUACUAAAUGCAGUUUAUUUCUUUACAGUUGACCGUAUUGUUUUAAUCGAAAUUUCAGUGCACAAAUCUGGCUUUAAAGCCGUGGAAGUACGAAGUGCACGGUGGCCAUUUUCGUGGAAUUCGGUGGUGGAGUACAGUCGCGUCCGAAAGUGA